UGGGAGUACACUUUUAGUGAAACAGUAUGAACCACAUAAAUGACAAUCCCACCACUUCCCACUCUGCCAAUAUUGAGUCUACCAUGCUUCACAUUAUUGAUAAUGGCAUUGUGGAUUCUAACGGAAUUGAGUCUCCCUUGCUUGACAAUUUUGUUGAUGGCUUUGUGGACUACAAAGGUCGUCCGGUUCUCAGGUCCAAAUCCGGGCAUUGGCGAUCUGCAUAUUUUAUCAUUGGUAUUGAAGUGGCAGAAAGAUUAGCAUAUGUUGGUCUGUCUUCGAAUUUGAUCACAUAUUUGACAGGACCGUUAGGGCUAUCGACGGCUACAGCGGCCAUGAAUGUCAACAUAUGGUCUGGAGUGACGUCCCUCCUUCCGUUAGUUGGUGCUUACAUUGCCGAUGCUUUUCUUGGCCGAUAUCUAACCAUUAUAAUUGCUUCUCUGCUUUAUAUUCUGACACUUGUGUUGCUGGCUUUCUCAACCUUGAUUGUUAGUGACUCAUUAUGUUCUCCUCAAUUACAAGUUAUCCUAUUUUUCGUUCCGCUAUAUCUUCUGGCAUUUGCCAUAGGUGGCCACAGGCCUUGUGUUCAGGCCUUUGGAGCGGACCAGUUUGAUACAAAUAAUGCACAAGAAUGCCAAGCCAAAAGUUCAUUCUUUAACUGGUGGAAUUUUGGAAUGUGUAUUGGGCCUACAUUGGGGAUCCUUGUUCUAAACUACAUACAAGAUAAUAUUAGUUGGGGUCUUUCCUUUGGGAUUCCUGCCACCAUUUUGGGUUUUGCUCUCAUAAUUUUUUUGAUUGGAACCGUGACUUAUCGAAUGGAAGAGAAAACCAAAGAUAAAAGUUCUUUUGUCAAAAUUGGGCAUGUAUUUGUUAAGGCAACUCAAAACUGGAGAAAUAAACCUUCAACAACUUCGGGAGAGGAAGAUUGUGAAAUCUUGCCGCUUCAAGGUUCUCAAAAGUUCAGAUUUCUGAACAAAGCUCUCGAUGGAUCAAAUGAAGCUGUAGUAGUAUGUAGCAUCGGUGACGUAGAAGAAGCCAAGGCAGUUCUUCAACUGGUUCCAAUUUGGGUUGGCUUAUUAGGGUAUGCACUUGUAUGCUCUCAAACUUCGACGUUGUUUACCAAACAAGGAGAAACCAUGGACCGGUCAAUUGGAACAAGAUUCCAAAUCCCAGCCGCAACACUACAAGCUUUCAUGUUCAUCUCUAUUAUGAUGCUCAUUCCCGUCUAUGAUACCAUUUUUGUUCCUCUUACCCGAGCUAUUACUAGGAAAACUUAUGGCAUAACAAUGCUUCAAAGAAUGGGAAUAGGCAUGUUCAUAGUUAUUGUUUCAAUUCUUAUUGCAGCAAUUGUUGAGACAAAAAGACUUAAUACGGCUCGUGAGUAUAGACUAGUUGAUGAUCCGGGUGCAAUGGUCCCAAUGAAGAUAUGGUGGUUAUUACCACAAUAUUUGUUGUUUGGAGCGGGUCAUGUUUUUGCAGUAGUGGGUACGCAAGAAUUCUUCUACGACCAAGUGCCAAGUGAUCUCAGGAGUAUGGGUCUUGCGCUUUACCUCAGCGUUUUGGCGUGUGGUAGUUUCCUUAGUAGUAUUCUCAUCUUAAUCGUUGAGAAAAUGACCGGUGGAAAUGGUCAAGAUGGUUGGAUCUCUGACAACAUAAAUCAAGGACAUAUCGAUUAUUUUUACUACCUUCUAGCUGUAAUUGGCACAGCGGCAUUUGUCAUGUACAUAUACGUAGCGAGAUCUUAUGUAUAUCGUCAAGGUAGGGAUAUGAUUCUUAAUGUUCCUGAAGCAUCUGCCAAAUAGAUUACGGUAUCAUAAUGUGCAUCACCAAACAUGCUUCAAGCCUUCAAUUGAAAUUUAUUUGACCAAGUAAUUUUUGAA